AGCUUCGUUUCGUUCUCUAAUGUAUCGCCAUUCGCCUUGACCGUGCCUGGUUCGGAAAUAAGGUCGGUUCCUAAUUCAUGCUUUCCUCGUUAACUUUUUUACCAAAAAAAACUUAUAACCCGAGAAUAUCCUCUAGCACUGAACCAAAUUUCUUGACUGUACAUAACUCACUCUACUGUUUCCUUCUAUUUCAGUCGAUCUCUUUUCUUUCCCCUCACUUACCUCCCUGCUUUUUCUCGUCCACGUCGGAUUCUAUUUUCGGAUCUGUUUCUAUUCCUCCUCUUCCCCUCCUUUCGUGUCUCUCGUGUAGUAUCCCGCUAUAUACUACCGUAUCCUUCGCUGUGAAUGAUCGCACGUGCUCUGCUCUCAUUACUCUUAUCAUCAUCUGCUUAAAUUCCCACCAGGUAUCACAACGGUGUGCUGACCUUCCAGGCUUAUUGUAAUUCCUCUUUGCGAUCAGCAAAAUGGCUUCUCCAACUACCAAAGAAUCUCAGGCCGCGAUGGACUUUCUACACCACCCCUACACCCGCACGGCCCUUCCUUUCAUUAAUGGUGGCCUAGCGGGCAUGACAGCGACCACCGUCAUCCAGCCAAUUGACAUGAUCAAGGUGCGCCUUCAGUUGGCAGGGGAGGGUGUACGAACCGGCCCUCGCCCGACCGCGUUCGGCGUUGCCCGCGAUAUCAUUGCCGGUGGAAAGAUCCUUGAUCUCUAUACUGGUCUGUCGGCAGGCUUACUCCGCCAGGCUGUCUACACUACUGCCCGUCUGGGUUUCUUCGAUACUUUUAGCAAAACGCUCAAUAAACGCGCCGAAGCCGCAAAUAGAAAGGUCACUUUCGCGGAGCGCGCCGGUGCGGGUCUCACCGCUGGUGGAAUUGCUGCUAUGAUUGGUAAUCCGGCCGAUUUAGCCCUUGUGCGCAUGCAGUCCGACGGCUUGAAGCCCCCAGAGGCGCGAGCAAACUACCGUUCGGUGGUGGAUGCACUCUUCCGCAUCUCCAAGAAUGAGGGCAUCCCAGCCUUGUGGGCCGGAGCUUUACCGACCGUUGUGCGGGCCAUGGCUCUCAAUGUCGGUCAGUUGACCUUCUUUGCUGAAUCUAAGGCUCAGUUGAAGGCCCAUACGUCCUUGUCGGCUCAAAACCAGACUUUUGCUGCUUCCGCGAUCGCUGGUUUCUUUGCCAGCUUCCUUUCUUUACCCUUCGACUUCAUCAAGACUCGUCUGCAGAAGCAGCAGAAAAAUCCUAAGACCGGCCAGGUGCCGUACAAGGGUGUUCUGGAUUGCGCUCGCAAAGUUGCCAAGGAUGAGGGUUGGUUGAGGUUUUACCGCGGAUUCGGGACGUACUAUGUGCGGAUCGCACCCCAUGCGAUGGUCACGCUUAUCGUGGCGGAUUAUCUCAACCUCAUUACCAAGUAAACGAGUCAACAUUCAUUAAUUGGACGACAGUUCAAGAGUCGCUUGGUGUAGAGAAAGAAACGUGUUGAGUUUCGCUCGAAUGUGUCGACUUCCAAUGAUUGAAUCACCGAUCUUCUUGCGCUAUCGGACCCAAGGACGUUUGCUUCCUGUUCACUCUGGGAAGUGCGACGUCCAGAAUACGAUGCGACCGCAGCAGAAUCAUCCAGUUCUAGUCGCUCUAGAGCUCUGUGUUAAUAGAAUAUCCCGCUACUUGUUGUUCAGCUGGAAGUCUUUUAGCGAGCUGUUUAUCGGAUGCGUAUCGAGAAUAUCAGCACGUUAUUAGGAACAAAGCCGUGUGUCCUAUGACGACUUUGAGGCAGAACAAUAGCCCCUUGGAAAAUACCCCUGUUAGUGCGGUCUUGAAUUGUUUUUCUUUUUUCUUCUGGCUUUUCUUCUUCUGAUGUUAGUAUUGUUUACUGCGGGCGUACUGGAGUUUACUUGGGUUUCUGUUAUCUCAUGUCAACUUUAGUGGGACAUGCGGAGAUCAUGGUUUAUGCUCCAGCUUUCAGCGGGUGUUGUAUGUACUCCAGGAAGCAGUUCCGAUUGCCAGACAUGUUUAAUCCCGGGUCAAUCAAUAAUAUCAAUUCUCAGAAGAGGUUAGUUGAAUAACAAACUAGAACAAUUUUGUUUGAAA